AUGUCAGCCGAUAUUCCCCCUCAAGCCGAUGACCACUCGCUCGAAAAUGACCCGACACACCGCAUUACUCUAUCGUUCAAAGACCGUCUCCUCGUUUUCGAAGGUGUCCCCACGCAAAAAGUCCAAGCAGCUCUUUUGGUGCUCGGUGGAUUUACGUUCGGCCAAAAAAUCGAGCCUCAAUCUCAAGCCAGAAUAACUAACGCCAAUCGUCAGGAAUGCCUAAACAAGUACCGACACAAACGGGACCUAAGGUGCUACGAGAAAAGGAUAAGGUACAACGUGCGACACGAGGUGGCAGUCCGAAUGAGGCGGAGGAGGGGACAGUUUGCGCCGAAGAAUGGCAGCCCAUUGGGCCCGACUGAAGUGGAGGAGGGCCCAAUUGGGCCAACACGGUGUGGCCAUUGUGGGAUACGGGCCAAGGAGACGCCGAUGAUGAGGAGGGGGCCCGACGGGCCCAAGACCCUAUGCAAUGCGUGUGGGCUUCAUUGGGCCAGCAAGGGGAUGAUGAGGGACCUUUCCAAGAAGCUUCGGCCCAUUGGACACCUCCCCAUUUAUAGGGAUGCAUAUGAGGGUAGUGAUACUGAAAUGGAUGUGGAUGUCCUAAACCAAGUUGGUAAAUUCGUUGUUACUUUUCGUGGAAGCCUUACGAUGACAUGGACUGGGCUCAAUUUGAUAAUGGACAGAGUGGCCAUGGCGAUGUGGAAUAGAUUGAGACAGUCGAAGCUUAAAUUUCAUCUCUUCACGAGCGUACACAAGAGAUUCUUCACUGUAAAUCACGGUACAAUCCUUGCCAAUGAACACAUUAUUCCACACACAGAGAACCGGGUUUCGGGUCAACCCGAUUUAGCAGUCCCGGGCGGGCUACUCGGGCCUCUAGGUGUCAGAUUCUAUGCGAAACCUGCUCAGUCUUUUCAGAAGGAGGAAGAUGAUGACCCAAGUGGGCCGAGGUUGAAUGAGCAAAUCACAGCACCCAUGGUUAGGCUUGUUAGUGAUGAAGGUCACUGUGUGGUAUCGAGGUAUGAAGCAAUGACCCGUGCGAGAAACCUUAAGAUGGAUCUUGUUGAGGUUGAUAGACAUGCUAAGCCGCCUGUUUGCAAAAUUUUCGAUUUUCACAAAGAGAAGUACGUUCAAAAAACAAAGGAGAAGGAGAAGGAGCGUGCUAAAACCAAGGCUACGCUCAAGAAAGGACCCUGUAAAGAAAUCCGUUUUGCUGCUAAAAUUGAAAAAAAUGACCUGAAAAUGAAAGCUGAAUCUGUUAAACGACUAAUGGAGAGUGGCUACAGAGUCAAGUGUACAGCAAUUGAUCCUACUGAAGGGUGUGACUUGCCAACAUUGUUAUCUCGUUUUACUGCUCUAAUUAAAGAUGUUGCCGUCGAGGAAAGUGAUCCAAAGGUCGAAAAGAAACAGGCUUUUGUCGUUGUGAGGCACAUCAAGUUUGGGGCCCCUAAAAAGGCUGGAAAAAACAAAGUCUCUUCACAGAGUGAAGACACACAACCAGACAAAAACGGGCCUGAAACUGCUCCUGUGGCCCCUGACAGUAUUCUGGACCGGGAUGCUGGGCCCAAAAAAUCAUGGGCUGUUUCCGACAAAGAUGAUGAUAUCAGCACAAUUUUCGACAUUAAUGAAGAAAAUCAGCAGCAGGGAAAAAGUCCUUUACUUGAGCAACCAGCAGUUUUGAAUGUGCCAUCAUCAUCAUCACCAUCAGCAGGUAUAAAUCAAACGGGAAACAGAUAUGCAAGAGAUCCAACGGCUGGGAAGCCACCAAGGGUAAAUAAUGGGCCUCAAAUGAGCCCGAACCUGCCUCGUGAAACUUUCAAGCAAGAUUUCUUCAGACCAAAUAUUCCCACUCCGCAAAACAAAAGCUACGGUAUUUUUAGCACGCCAAAGUUGAAUAUCACGCCCAAUGAACAAAACCCACCUGCCGAAAAUAACAGGUACAAGAAAAGCGUUCCACCUGGUUCGGGAAGAAAUCCAACAGGUAAUCCAAGGAUGAACAGAGGCUCUCUUGAUCUUGGAGAGAAAAUUGCUGAAAAGCUCCAAGCUACCUUAGGUUCAGCCUUCGGCUCUCUUGUCAGGUGUAGCUUGGUUAGAAGUCUUGUUACUAUGGAUUUCGAUGAGAUUGAAUAUUUAGAGAAUACUGUUGAGAACCCAGAACUGAAGAAGGAUAAGUCCAACGGGGAUGAUAUGAUGCUUGAUUCUAAAGAGAUGGGUCGGGCUCGGAGUUCAAAGCAUGCAAGUGAUGACGAUGAUGCAGAUGAUUUGGACCGCUCGUCAAAGCCUUCGAGGUCUAGGAAAGAGUCCGAUGAUCGUGGGAAAUAUAGGAGCGAUGAUGAUGGUGAUGAUUUUGAACGCCGGUCAAAGCAGUCCAGGUCAAGGAGAGAAUCUGAUGACCAUGAGAAAGGUAAAAGAGCGAGAAAUGGCUCAUCGAAAGGUGAGAAGGAGAGGCACUCGGGUGGUCGGGAGCACAGAACCCGGGACAGGGAAGAUGGUAGUGGAAAGGAGAGAAAUAGGGACAGAGAUCGAGAUAGAGACAUGGAGAAGGAUAGUGACAGGAAAAGGGAGGGAAACAGAGACAGGAGAGAACGCGAACAUGAUAGAGAAAGGAACCGGGAGGAGGAAAGAGAGAGGUCAAAGAGAAGCAGAAGUCACUUGGAGAGGCAACACGAUGAACGGGGAAGAGAGAAAAGGGGGGACAUGGGAAGCAUGGAUAAAGAUAGUAGAGAAGGACGAAGGGAAAGAGAGUUCAGAGGUCGAGAUCACGAAAGCAGAAAAUACAAAGAGAAAAAGGAAGAUGCCGUGGAGUCGGCAGCUGAUCCUGAGCGAGAUCAGAGAACAGUCUUUGCUUAUCAGAUUACGUUGAAGGCAGGUGAACGAGAUGUCUAUGAAUUCUUCUCCAGAGUUGGCAAGGUUAGAGAUGUACAGCUCAUAAUGGAUCGCAAUACCAGACGCUCCAAAGGAGUUGGACCGACUAUUGCUUUAUUUCAUUCUCGAUUCAUUGAAGAGGCUACUGUUUCUCAUAUGUUCACUUCGAAAUGGGGGCAAGGGUUAAGAUACAUUGAGUUCUAUGAUGCAAUGUCAGUUCCUAUGGCGAUUGCUCUCUCUGGUCAGCCGCUUCUGGGUCAACCCGUCAUGGUCAAGCCAUCAGAAGCUGAAAAGAAUCUUGUUCAGCCUACUCCUGCUGUAACAGGGGGAGGUGUUGGUCCACAUUCAGCUGGAGCUAGGAAGCUGUAUGUUGGCAAUCUGCCAGUGACUAUUCAAGAGGAUCAACUUCGCCAGGUGUUUGAACCUUUUGGCACAAUUGAGCUGAUCCAGAUGCCCACUGACCCUGGGACUUCGUAUUGCAAAGGUUUUGCAUUUAUACAGUUUGCACGCCUCGAAGAUGCAAAGCUCGCUCAAAAUUUAAAUGGGCAACUGCAAAUUGCAGGUCGUCAAAUCAAGGUGUCUGCUGUCACUGAUCAAGCUGGCAUGCAAGAUACUGGGGUCAAUGUUGCUGAUUUUGAUGAUGAUGAGGGCAAUGGCAUGUCCUUGAAUGCACAUUCUCGAGCACUUCUUAUGCAGAAGUUGGAUCGGACUGGGACUGCAUCAAGCAUCAUAGGCUCAUCAGCAGUGCCAGUUGUUGGGCAGACAUCUGUGGCGGUGCUUCCUGGCUUGGCAGCUGCAGGUCUUUCUAUGCCUAUUCCUAACGCUCCAUCCGUUGAUUCUGUUGGUGUUCCCAGUGAAUGUUUGUUACUAAAGAACAUGUUUGAUCCUAGUGUGGAGACAGAGCCAGAUUUUGAUCUGGAUAUAAAGGAAGAUUGCCAGGAGGAAUGCGCAAAAUAUGGGAAAUUAAAGCAUAUCUACGUGGAAAAGAACUCGGCUGGAUUUGUAUACCUACGAUUUGAGCACACCCAAUCUGCUCUUAGUGCACAGCAAGGACUUCACGGUCGGUGGUUUGCUGGAAAAAUGAUCACUGCAACUUUCAUGUCUCCCCAAGAUUACGAGGCUAAAUUUCCGGAUAGCAGCUAAGGAGUUUGCUCAUGUGGCUUAAAAAAUUGACCUCAUCAAUGUUUUGUGAAACUUUGAAUCUUGUUUGGUUGGGAGUAAGAACUUUGUAUCAAUCCAUAUUAUGUGAGGACUGAGGACUGACUCGUCUUUCGUGAUCCUGGGUUUAUUGUUUUCGAAUUUGGGCUAAAAUUUGUGGAUAUGCAACUCUUAGUUACCCUUGUGGUGAAUGGUGGUGAUUAAUGAUUUCCAUGUAUGGGUUUUGGUAGGCUUGAAAAGGGCUGCAAUUAAGGAUGUCUAAAUUUUAUUAUUGGACCUUUUUGUGAAACUUUGCUCACUUAUACUCCUGAUGAAAAGGAAGUGUAAUGUGAUUUUUAUAUGUACCUGUGAUGACUGAUAAGAUACUUCAUUUAAUCUGCAAAAUUUAGUUGUGUAUUUUCUUCAGCUCCUUUAAUCUGGAGCUGAGGUACCGUAUAAUUAAUUUGGUCAAUUAUUGAAAUCU